CGUAUCGAACUGUCGAUUAGAAACCCUAGAUUCGCCCAAAUCCACAUCAAUCAGGAGCACGAGACAGUCCCCGUCAGAGGAGCUCGAACAAAUCUAAUAAUUCUGCUUCGACACCAACCGAAUCUCAGAUUUCGAGCGCAUGGACAAAAAUGAGCUUUGGAAUCAUACAUAGUGAUAUGUGUGCGGGGAGUGGGAGAAUUCAGGGUGGAGUUUUGGGUAUUUAUAUAUACUGAGAGGUGUUGCACACACUCAGAAGAGCUUGCAUCUGCAAAAAAAAAUUAGGCAGCAUGAGGAAACCAAAUUUUAAUUCAAAUAUUUUUUAGCUUUGGAGCUCAUGAGCAUGGAGCUUGUGGAGCGCCGCUCAACUCAAGGAUUGCUCUUUCAGUUUGCUCUGGAGUCAUACAUAGGGAUGUGUUUUUGGGGAGGGGGAGUUCAGGGUGGUGUUAUGGGUAUAAAUAUCUACUGGCAUGUUCACACACUCAGAAGAGCUUUUCAUCUGUAAAAAUAUUAGGCAGGAUGAGGAAACCAAAUUUUAAUUCAAAUGUUUUAGCUUUGGAGCAUAUGAGCAUGGAGCUUGUGGAGCGCUGCUCAACUCAAGGAUUGCUCUUUCGGUUUGCUUUAGAGUUUUUCAGAAUUUGCUUUGAACUGAUAUUAUCAAGCCAAAUACAAAAUGAUAAAAUUGAUUGUACAAAUAUAUUAGUUUUUUUCUCAAGAGUUCUUACUUUAAGAUGUUAAUUUGUUUUAUGAUUUAAUUUCUAUAUUCAGUGCUGCUGCGAACACAAUUACCGAUUUCCCCCCAUAGUCAACGAUGAGUGGUCGAUUUUCUCGCACAAUCUAUGUGGGAAACCUUCCUGCAGAUAUCAAAGAACGGGAAGUUGAAGAUUUGUUCUAUAAGUAUGGGCGUAUUCUGGAUAUUGAAUUGAAGAUUCCCCCUCGCCCACCAUGCUAUUGUUUUGUUGAGUUUGAGAAUGCUCUAGAUGCAGAAGAUGCUAUCAGGGGCCGAGAUGGCUACAACUUUGAUGGCUGUCGAUUGAGGGUUGAGCUUGCUCAUGGUGGUAGAGGUCCACCAUCUUCAAGUGAUCGUCGUGGUGGUGGCUAUGGUGGUGGUGGAGGUGGAGGUGGUGGAGGUGGAGGGCGUCAUGGCGUUUCUCGUCAUUCUGAGUAUCGGGUUAUUGUGCGUGGUCUUCCAGAUUCUGCUUCCUGGCAAGAUUUGAAAGACCACAUGCGAAAAGCUGGUGAUGUGUGCUUUGCUGAAGUUGCCAAUGACAGUGAAGGAACCUUUGGCCUGGUUGAUUAUACAAAUUAUGAGGAUAUGAAAUAUGCUAUUCGGAAACUUGAUGAUAGUGAGUUCAAAAAUCCUUGGACCAGGACUUAUAUCCGGGUGAGAGAACACAAGCAUGGUUCAUCAAGAAGCCGAAGCCGAAGCCGAAGCAGAAGCAGGAGUCCUAGGAGGAGGAGGAGCAGCAAAUCAGCAGACAGAUCUAGGUCAAGAUCACCACCUCCACGGUCAAGAUCUGCAUCACCGAUCAAGUCAUCACGACCUAUUUCUAGGUCAAGAUCAGGAUCAAGGCCAAGAUCAGGGUCAGCAUCUCCCCAUCAGGCCCGCGCCAACAGUGGCUAACUCUGUCAAUUACAAGUCAAUCUACCUCUAGGCUGCUUCGGUGUGGGAAGGACUGCAAACCUCCCAUACUCGGUUUGUCUAGGGCUGAAAUCAUAAACUAGUUCUUUAUUAUUCGUUUAAAGCAAAACUCCAUAAACCGGCUAUUUCUAGAUCCUUUCUGUCAACUGUAUGCAGGUGAACUUUUUUAGUACCUGUUUGUUUGUUCCGCAAUCCUUGUUGUUUACUGUGCUGUUGUCAUGUUUUGACUGAGUGUUAUUACCAUUUUCACUUGUUUUGUUUAAAGAAUACACCUUGAGAACAAAAAUCUUGUUUGAACUA